GACCGUGCAGUCUUGUUGGUUGUUUACAAAACGGACCAGGAACUAAUGACUAAAGUCUCCUCCAUUCUUUAAAUUUACUGUCAAUCUACACAAUAUACGGUAUUGCGGUGGAAACCAACCUCAUUGGGUGUCUACGGUGUACAUUUCCUCUCAGUAAGGACUCUUUUUCCACGUCCUCAGACUUAUCUUUCGAGCCAAAAGUACGUAGCGGUCGAUGUUUCGGAUGACAGCCCACUUUUUGCAGUUGUCAAAUCAGAUCGCAUGUGCCAAGAGAGAAGGCGUGAUGAGCGUUCACUGAUGCCAUCUCCUCUCUGAUAGUUCUUCAGACCGGGGAAUGCGUGUUCCUGACGGUUUUUAAACAGUAGGUCUUGUGUCUGUCAGAUCACCAGUCAACGUCCACUCGUAAGCCAGCAUUGUGUAAGAUAAAGAAACAGUUGAGUAAGCGCUGCUCAGUGUAAGGUGGUGGAGGGCUUCGGUGGAUGCCAGUCAUGGACGAGCAGUUGACACCUUUGGACUGCCUGCUGCCCUCAGGCACUCAGAAGAUCUGCCUAAUAAUGCUCAACCAGCCUCCGGAGAAGCACCAUCUCCACGUCUUGUGGAGCAAAGCCCUCAUCAGAGCGUGUGCGGACGGCGCUGCUAACCACCUUUACAGCGUCACUGCAGGGGACCGCAAAAGUUUUCUUCCAGACUAUAUCAGUGGGGAUUUUGAUUCCAUUACUUCAGAGGUCAAGGAAUUUUAUGCAGAGAAGGGAUGCAAGCUGAUAGAAACGGCUGAUCAGGACCUGACGGACUACACCAAAUGUUUAUCCAUCAUGGUGGAGGAGAUCAAACGACGCCAACUAAAGGUGGAUGCCAUCGUGACGCUGGGCGGUCUGGCAGGCCGCCUGGACCAGACCAUGGCGUCGGUGGAGACCCUCUACCACGGCCUGUCCCUCACCCGCCUCCCCCUGCCCAUCAUCCAGGGCACCAGCCUGGCACUGCUGCUCAGACCGGGGUCCCACAGGAUAGAGGUGAACACGGGCCUGGAGGGGGAGUGGUGCAGCCUGAUCCCAGUCGGCGGGCCGUGUCGAACACACACCACCGGGCUCAAGUGGAACCUGAACGACCAGGUCCUGCAGUUUGGGACGCUGGUGAGCACCUCCAAUACCUACGAGCCAGUCCCCCCAGGACACCCCAGGAGGCCAGUGACCGUGACAACGGACCAGCCACUGCUGUGGAGCAUGGGCAUCAGCCAGGACAGGGAAUGACAUGCCAGCGUUCCUGGUCCAAACCCAGCCAAUCAGGACCAACGUUGUUUGCUGAAAUUUCUAAUCAGGGUCGUUGCCAAAUCCUAAUCUCUGAAGAUGCAAUGACAAAGUUAGUGAUUUUUUUAACAAUUUAUGGUGGUUUGAAAUGCAAUGUUAAAACAAUGUUGAUAAUUCACAGCACUGUUGAGUGAUUUUAGAGCAAUUGUGGUGGUUGAAAAUUCACUGUUACUCAUUGCUCAUUAUAAUUCACAACUAUGUAUUCAAAAGAAGAGGACCCAUGUUGCCUAUCCAAGUGCAUAACUGUGAGCUCUCUUUUGUAUCAUACUAUAAUGUGCCUUUUCCACGGUAUCAGUCCUGCACCCACAGGAGCCUUCGAGUAUUUCAUGCAAGUAGAAUUUGAGAGAGACUAGUGCCUUUGAAGAACAUAAGAAAGAAACUUGUAACGACUGAACAAAGAAGAAUGAGAGGAAAACACAGCCUUUGGGUUUCUAUGAUUUUAUUAAACAGAGCCAAGUACAAAUAUUGCACAAUGAAUGUAGAAAUGACAUCCUGUGAAGUCCCCCAAAAUCCUCCCCCCCCCCCUAACACGUGGUCUUCUUUCUCAGUUCCAUCCGGUCUAGUUCUGUUUGGACACACACCGUUUAGCCGCCCCUAGAUGAAUAAAGAAACAGUGUUUGUUAAUAUUUGACAGGAGACCUCACACUGAAAAUUUGUGCACAUGUUUAAUACUAAAUAAUAAGCAUUGGUGAACAACACAAAAUUAACUGGUGUAGAUUAUAAUCAUCGGUAAAGGCCUAGAACACUAAUAAUGUUGCUCAAACAUACUAUUAAUCAGGUCAUGAACUGAUUAUAUAUGGAUUACCAACGAAUUACCUAUACCCAAUAAAAGUUUUUCAUGUCACCCAA